AUGUCAGAAGGCAAUGAUGAUGGCUUGGUGGAGAAGGGGAGAUCGGAAAUAAGUUCUGCGACGAGAUCGACGAGUAUAGUGUGCAAUGGGGAUUUGGAGCAGCAAGACUAUAUCGAGGCUACAUGGUUUCACAAGUUUGUUUUUCUAGCGUUAGGUUUCGCCGAUUUGUUCUACUGGAAUUGUGUAUUGAACAUAUUGUUUGAUAUUCGAGACAAGUAUUACCCUGCGUACCCUUCGAUGACGGAUACAUUGAAUGCGGUGAAUAAUAUUACGUCAUUGAUUGUGGCGAUUUACACGAUAAAAACGGGUGCUAUGAAUAUGACGGUUAUUCUGGCUUCUGGUGCGUUAUUAUCCGUGGCGUGUCUCCUGACUGCGAUUGCGGUGCAAUGGUGUCCAGGAGUUAGCGGCGUAGUGUGGCUGCACAUUGCAAACGCCGUUGCUGGUGCUUGCUCUGGUUUCUACCAGACCGGUGCAUGCGGUCUUGCUUCAGUGGUUGGGCAAGGAGGCCUCACGGGGUAUGUCUCAGCGGGACAAGGCGUCACUGGCGUGGCAACUUUUGCCCUUUGGCAGAUCAUCUCACAUUCCAAGCUAGACGUCAAACCAGCACUUUGGACACUCAUGGCCAUAGGCUGCGGCAUUACCCUCACCUCAGCAUACUUCUUCUGGCUCCUCCUUCGCAAACCAGAAAUCGCCCGGAGAGUCGCCCAGGUACGAAAGUCCCUCAAGGAAGAGGCCAACGAUCCCGAUGCCCCAAGCUACUUGUUCAUCUUCAAGUCUAGCUGGCUUCCAAUGUGUACCACUUUCUGGUGCAUGUUCAUAAGUCUAUUCGUAAGACUCAACACACACUCUUGGCGGAGGACAUAUCACAAACAUAAUAAAUACAUCAACCCGUGCCGUGCAACACUCAACCCGUGCCGUGCAACACAUCAACCCGUGCCGUGUAACACUCAACCCGUGCCGUGUAACACUCAACCCGUGCCGUGCAACACAUCAACCCGUGCCGUGCAACACUCAACCCGUGCCGUGCAACACAUCAACCCGUGCCGUGCAACACUCGAGUGUCUAUGCUACUGUAGUUCUUCCCUAAUAUUGGUCCCAUUAAUUGGAAUGAAGGAGACUUUACGAAUUAUACACUUGGAACUUUCCAAGUCGGUGAUUUAA